CCUCAUCGAUCGUCAGUAGUCAUCCAAUCGUCGUCUCAAAAGCAUUCGACGGCUUUCAUUGUUUGUUUGUUAUUUACGUGUGCCGCAUUGCAAUUCCCGAAACGCCAAAUGACUCCUCGCGUUGACCGGUUUCUGUUUUUGCUACUGCUGAUAAGCAUUAGCGUCAAUCCCAACGAAUGUAGGAAAUCCCAGCGACCGCGACCGGCUUCGCGCUUCUCGGAACCAACCGAGCCUCAACCGACGCAGGAUGCUCAAUUUGACUGGCAGCUAAUCAAGUACAUGCUUCGCCAGGACAGUCGCAAUGUGGCUUUUUCAACAUUCUCAGCGAAAUUUCUGCUGAACAUGCUUUACGAAGGCACCAGUAUUUAUUCUGCAACACAGCAGGAACUGAACGAACCACUGAAACGCAGCCCAGACAUCCAUGAAACGCCAAAAUGUGUUACAAUCAUGAACACCUUAACAAAAAAUGCAGAACAAUUUUUGGUAAGCAGCCGGGUGUUUGCCGACAGCAUGGUGGCUGUAUCGCAGAAGUAUGCCACAAUCUUGGAUAUGCAGUAUAACGCCAGCAUAGACAAUGUCAGCUUCCAGGAACCGGAAAUAGCCGCCAACACAAUCAAUAGUUGGGUUUCUAACAGCACGCGAGGAAUGAUACCGAAAAUGGUUCGAGCUCAAAAUAUCAGAGAUUCUGUCCUUUUGCUUCUGAAUGCCAUCUACUUCAAAGGACUUUGGGUCAACGUGUUUCUUCCAAGCGCCACCAGCAUCCAACCAUUUAGAACCGCAUCCGGUCAAACUGUUCAAGUGCCAUUCAUGAAGCAAAUUCAGGACCAUUACUACGCGGACUCCAAAGAACUCAAUGCACAGCUUGUUCGACUGCCAUACGCUGAUGGGAGAUUUUCAAUGAUUGUGGUACUUCCCAAUGUAAACAGCAAUCUCAACGAACUCCUGAACGCUCUCACAUCUGAAUCUAUCAACGAAGCGAUUAGAAGCAUGGAUGAAACGGAGGUGAAUCUUCAACUGCCAAGAUUCCAGAUCGACUACGACUGCUCGCUUAAGUCGGGACUCCAGCAGUUGGGAAUCAAUCGCAUCUUCCAGGACAAUGCCGAACUGGGCUUGAUCUUCCGAGGUGGACCAGUGCCAGCUAAGGUGUCGGAUGUGCUACAGAAAACGGUGAUAGUGGUCGAUGAGAAAGGAAGCACGGCCAGUUCUGCUUCCGGGUCCUCUCUAGUGUUUACGAUUGCCAGUGAGCCGGAGUUGUUUAUUGUAAAUCGUCCCUUUAUGUUCUUCAUCGAAGAGGAAUCAACCGGAGCGGUUGUAUUUGCUGGAAAAGUGGAAAAUCCCGCUCAGUGAGUGGGUUGAAAAGCAGAACUGCAUUCUGGGAAUAGUUGUUUGAUGGUUUGGAAAGUGCCAAGGAGGAACGAUAAAGUGCUUAACCCUUUUGAGAAAAUACAUCUUGGAAUUCAAAACGAUAUACUUAUACUAACGUUUCAAACACCUGAAUUCCAAAAUUUAAAACAUCUGAAGCGCAAAUAGGUUGAUUUUGUUAUACUUGAAUUUGUGCUUAUGUAACAUUUGAUAAGUGGAUUUGGAU